AUGGCAAUGAAACGCGAUUCUGAUGAUAUAAAUAAUCUUGGCUUAAAAGUUGAAGGUGAUUUGGGCGACUUACAAAUUAUCGAGGAAGUAAGUGACGAUGAUACCGAGUCGUGUGAUAAAGAAAAAGUUUCAAGGGCACUUAGUACCUUAUCUAAUCCUGCCGUGGAUUCCAUAGUAAAGCCUUCAACCGUACCAGUAUUUGGUACCGUAGAAGUAACGAACUCUGAAAAUGUGCAGUUUGGAAACAACACUUAUUUUUAUGGCCCUGUCACAGUCAUUCAAACUAAAACUGGAACGGAGAAUGCUUCCUAUACUAAGACAGAGGAAGAAAGUAUGCCAAGUAAUCAAUUUCAGCCAAAACCUAAAUUUGAUGCUCCAAUAAAAAAACAUGAAAUUUUAACAUGGCACAAAUGGACUUUGUCUGCACUGUGUGUUGUUGUGAUCGGUGGCAUUUGUGCACUUAUAAUAGUAUUGAGAGCUAAGACUGAAGAGAGUUAUAGUACAUCGCCUGCGUUAAGUUCGAUGCAAACAUCAGUGAACAUGACGGUGGUGGGGUUGCAUUAUGACAGUUUCACAAUAAUCGUCAUAUCUAGCAUUUUGUUACAUAUAACACUAUUGUUCAUGUUUUGCUAUUCAUUACUAACACAGUUGGCCACUAAUGUCCAAGGCAUAGGGUAUAAAAUUAAGAGGAUAAAAACAAAUGAGACUGCUGAAGCACAUGCCAUGUGCAUGUAUGAUACUGCUAAAGCGGACACACUGCUGAUAGCGCCGGACCAUCUAAGGAUCGUUUCCCGCACGGAUUGGCUCGCUCAACCAGUCGGUGGCGCACUAGAUAAGAUUGUGCAACCAGUACCUUGGGUGAUCAUAACCCACACUGCCACUGAAAGCUGUUCCACUCAGAGCCAGUGUGUUCUACGAGUGCGCCUGAUACAAACAUUCCACAUAGAGUCGAGGGGGUGGUUUGAUAUUGGAUACAAUUUUAUGGUCGGAGGCGACGGUUCCGUUUACUACGGCCGUGGCUGGGAUUAUAUUGGGGCCCAUACCAAAGGAUACAACAGAUACAGCAUAGCAAUUGCGUUUAUAGGAACUUUUAACAGCGAACAACCAUCGAAACAGCAAGUUGAAGCUUGCCAGAAAAUAAUUAAACAAGGCGUUAUGUUAGGCAAGCUUAAGAAAGACUAUAAACUAUUCGCCCAUAGACAACUCAUGUCUACGUUGAGUCCGGGCGACAAAAUAUUCGAUAUUAUAAAGGAGUGGCCGCACUUCGUUAAAAAUAUUACGGACCUUAAUGAGCUCAUUCCGAAAGACUACUGA